GAUAAUAAUAAAUGACUUUCUAUUAUAUUUUUCGCCAUGUGACGACUUUUAACUUUAUAAGUACGUGCACAUAAUUGCAUUCUGCUUCAAAUUUAUUUAUUUGUUGUUCAGGUUGCCUUGCGCUGAGGCGACGUUAUACUUAGUAUACCUUCUACGUAGUAUAAAAUUUAUUGACAUAAAUGAACAAAUCGGUACUGAAUUCCCAAAUGAGUUUUUAUAAGAUCGCAUCUCAUCAGUCACUCAAUUACCUAUUAUGUCAGUGAUCGAUAUCAUUCCACAUUGCCCACGUGAAAUUGGUAAAUCAAAAUGAAAUAAUCAAUUACGAUAAAUAUUUGAAUAACUUGAUGAUAUCGAAAUAGUGUUGCAAUUAGAAGAAAUGUAUUCUUCACUAAUGUUCGCCUCGAAGUUGAAACACAUUUUAGAUAUUGGUCGUUAAAGUAUACAGGUUAAGCAAAACUUACAUUACUUCGGGAAGAUUUUGAAGCAUUUGAGUGAAAUGUAUUCGCCUGGAUGCUGAUCUAGAAUUGAAAGGCAAUUAAUUACAUACUUAGAUUAGAAGUAUAGAGUCUUUAAGACGCUUAUGUAAAAUUGAUCGUGCGGCCGAGAUGAUAUUAGGAUUUACCAAAUGCAAUGGAACAAAUAGAAACAAUAAGCAAGGUGGUGGAUGAAGCUUACAAAAAGUCAGAGGAUGAGGAAAGACAAGCCAAUCCCUUCUGGUAUGUACCCAGCGGAUCAUUCCCACUUGAUCAUGACGAGGAAAACUAUAAAACAGCAGCAAAUGCAACGAAGGAACCAACGAAGAUUGAUUUAGUUGAGCUUGCGACACAAGAAACACAAUGGAGUGACAGGUUUAACGACACAUACAUUUACAAGAAAAGCAAGCUAUCAAAACCUGGACGAACAUCGUUUUCUGAAGUCGUCGAGGAAGUUAUUCAAGAGCAUCUUAGAAAUGACGUCCACCCUUUUGGACGUACGUCAUUUUACCGCAGAUCAAUAGGCGCAUCCGAACAGACGUCAAUACACCAAGAUGAUGGCACAUUGUUCAUGUGGGCGUUGGCAACAAUUAUUAUCCUAGCUGUUGCGGUCGGCGUCAUAGCGAUGUCACAAAUGCAUCAGGCGACAAGACAUGUUAACGUUACGACCACUAGUAUGUUAAAUUGAUGUUUGCUAUACACAUAAAAGAGGUGAAAAAAUGAAUAAAGGAAUGAUUGUGAAUAUGACGGGAAUC